AUGGGCCCUAAACGGAAAGCAGUUGGUACAGCAGCAUCAUUUUUUCAAUCGAAGAAGCUGGCUGUGGCAAAACCGACAUCUAUUGUCAGUACUUCUGGAAAUGACGAGAGGAAUGUUGACGAAGAUGUUGUGCUCAUGCCUGGAUUAAGAUGGACUUUAAAUGGCACACUUGUACGAGCGGUUUAUACUCCAACCAAUACUGAGGAGCAAAAAGGAUCUGUCCCUGAGGAAGAGAGAGAGCAGACAUCCAUACCACCGUCCCAUACGGAAUCGGAGACUAAGAAUGCCGGUGCUUCUUCGCCGAAACGAUUGGCUAUUGCGGCUUUUGAUCUCGAUUCAACAUUAGUCACUACGAAAGGUCGAAGUCCAUUCCCUAGAGAUGGAUCAGAUUGGAAAUGGUUAGACACUUCUGUGCGAGAUAAGCUCCAAAAGCUUGUAAAUCGGACAGUUGUCAAAAAUGGGAAAUCUGAAAACGAAGAAUUCUCCGUAAAUCAGGGAGCUGAUGUUAGUACCCAGGAUGCUUCCAUGGUAGAUCCAUCAACUGAGUACGUUUUGGCCAUUAUCUCCAAUCAAGGUGGAGUUGUCGCAGAGAAUGAUAAAAAGAGAUAUUUAUAUUUAAAGGACAGGGUCAAGUCUAUUGUCAAGGAUCUCGACACCGUGCCGCUAAGGUUUUACGCAGCAACAAAACCUAAGAAAGGAGCCAGUGACAAGUAUCGCAAGCCACUAACUGGUAUGUGGGAAGCACUUCAAGCAGACUUAGCGCCAGUAUAUUCUGUCGAUAUCGAAAAAAGCUUUUUUGUGGGCGAUGCAGCUGGUAGGCGGUCUGACUUCAGUGAUUCUGAUCUGAAGUUUGCUCAAGCGGUUGGACUCCGCUUCUUCACGCCGGAGAAGUUCUUUGGGCUAUCUGAUUGA